CAGUGCAGCCCACCCACCGAGCAAGCGACCCCGCCAUCCCGCCCGCCUCUUGUCGAAUUUCUUUGCCAGACCAGACCGACUUUGCCUGGACACAAGCCGCCUCCCGCAUCGCUCCCUUCCCAACCCCGACGACGCACGCACGGCAGCCGGAAAGCAAGCGAGCCCACCAUGGCGGCAGUGCAGGAGCUCGCUGAGCGAGUCAAGGGCGACGACAAGGUCUACGUCGACACCGACACGGGCGCCGACGACCAGACGGCUGACGGCUCCGAGGCGAAGCCCUUCAAGACGCUCGCCUACGCCUACAUUCACAACGCCGGCGGCCGUCCGACUGCGCAAUACCUCACCCGCGCCUCCGUCACCGGGGCCAUUGGCCCGGAUGAGGACCCCUCCGCGCGAUUGACGUGGAAGGAGCCCGCCAAGAGCGCCGUCAAGAAGGCCCAAGGCGCCCUCGACGCCCACAAGAAGAAGCUGGCCAAGCAGGAGCAGGCCCUGGCCGCGGAGGAGGCCCGCAAGAAGCAGCGCCUCGACAACCUUGAGGCGGCCAAGAAGAUCGUCCUCAAGGAGGACGCGAACCUGCCCAAGGCCGUUAAGAUCAUCAUUGGCGACAAGGAUGUGGAGCUCGGUGACGGCGCCGACAAGAAGGGUGCCCGCGUCAAGGUCUCGGGCCGCAUCCACCGGCUGAGGGCGCAGAAGCAGGCGACCUUCAUCACCCUCAUCGACGGUGGCGGCCACCUGCAGUGCGUGCUGCAGGCCGGAGACCUGACCAGGACGUACAAUGCCCUGACUUUCGCCCAGGGCACGUCCCUUACGCUGUACGGCGAAAUGCGCAAGGUCCCCGAAGGCCAACAGGCGCCCGACAACCGCGAGCUGCACGUCGACUACUACGAGGUUAUUGGCGCCUCCCCCAGCGACGAGGAUGCCAUCACCAACAAGGUCUCGUCGGCUCAGAACCAGUGGGACGCACAGAUGCUGGACAACCGACACCUGGUGCUGAGAGGAGACCAUGCCGCGUCCGUGAUGAAGCUACGCGCGGCCGUCGAGUGGGCCUUUACCAAGGCCUAUCACGAGAUGAAGUUCGUCAAGGUUUCGCCACCGGCUCUCGUCCAGACCCAGGUUGAAGGCGGUGCCACCCUCUUCAAGGUGCCCUACUACGAUGAGGAGGCCUACCUGACCCAGUCGUCCCAGCUCUACCUGGAGACGGUGCUGCCCAGUCUGGGCAACGUCUACUGCAUCGAAAAGUCUUUCCGUGCCGAGAAGAGCCUGACGCGUCGCCACUUGUCCGAAUACACGCACGUGGAGGCGGAGCUUGACUUUAUCGAUUUCUCCGACCUGCUGGAGCACCUCGAAGAGAUCAUCUGCCGCGUCAUCGACACGGUUCUGGCGGAUGCCGAGAUGACGGCAUUCCUUAAGGAACUCAACCCUGGUUUCGCGCGGCCCUCACGCCCCUUUAUGCGCAUGAAGUACGCCGACGCCAUCGAGUGGCUCAACAAGCAAGACCCGCCCAUCCCCAACGAGGAUGGCAACCCUCACGUCUUUGGCGACGACAUCGCCGAGGCCGCUGAGCGCAAGAUGACCGACGCCAUCAACCGGCCCAUCUUCCUGACACACUUCCCCGUCGAGAUCAAGGCCUUCUACAUGAAGAAGGACCCCAGCGACCUCCGCGUUACGGAGAGCGUCGACUGCCUGAUGCCUGGGGUUGGCGAGAUCGUCGGUGGAUCGAUGAGGAUGGAGGGCUACGAGGAGCUGCUCGCGGCGUACGACAAGCAGGGCAUCCCCGCCAAGGAUUACUACUGGUACACCGACCAGCGAAAGUAUGGCACUUCGCCGCACGGCGGCUACGGGCUGGGCCUGGAGCGCUUCCUGGCCUGGAUGGCUAACCAGCACACGGUUCGGACGACAUGCAUGUACCCACGCUUCAUGGGGCGAUGCAAGCCUUGAGCGAAGCACGCGUAGGAUGGCGCAUUGAGUUGGAUGGUGGUUGGCAUGAGCGACAAUGGGCCUGUAGGGUAAAUGUUGGGAAUCGAGCUGGCCCUCGCCAUAGCGACGGUAUGGCUAUAUAAGAGCUGUCAUAUAGACGAAGGAAAUGAGGCUUUGAUCGUGGUUGCGCUGCCUGGUCGCGUGUCCUGUCAACAAUCCCCGCCUUCACGCCUGUAGAUGGCCUAGAUGCCACUUGUGUGCCUCAGACCUAAAGUAGACCACGUUUCAGGAUACCAACC